ACUGGAAAAGCCUUUGUAAGAAGGGCAUAACAAUUCAGUGUCAGUUUGUCUGUAGUAUCACUUCCAAAAAACAGAAUAAUUGCAUGCCGAGUGAAGUAUCUUCAAUUUUGUUUGCAGCGGCGCGUGCGCAGUAGACCCCGGCGCUUCAUUGCAUGUGUUAAGACCUUGCGGACAACUGCACUGCGCGGCUCAGCUGCAGGUCGUAUGAGGAAACCAGACUGUACAUGGAACAUACUCAGAUAGUUUCCAAUGCGGUGGUUCGGCUUCGGCUUCAACGCGUUUGAACAGAUACGUGUUCAUGGGGAAUUAGAGGAAGGAGCAGGGGGCGACGUUAAAGUGAGCAGUCCGACAGAGCUGAGGAGUCGUGUGGAAACAAGUGGCUGCUGUUUGAGGACCACUCACAUCAGAGCGAGCUGGAGCAGGAGAGCGUCUCUGCAUUUGGAUGGUGACGGCUUUGUGUGCCUCGCAGGGUUCGGGGCUCUCGCCUCUGCUGAGUCCUGUGGUGUUUCUCUGGCAGAGAGUCACAGCUGUAAAGAUGCCUUCAUCACUGAACACCACCUGACCCUAGUUUUCCCAGACAGGAUUGAGACCUGGGACCUCCAGAAGAGAGGGGCGGCUCCAAAAUGGACCAUGGAGAUAGAGGCCCAAUCCGAGAGCUCAGGAUCCCCUCAGAGUCUCCCAUUGGUCCCUGGGGGUUAUAUUGCCUCGAAACCACCACUUUACCGCUCCUUAUCGCCGCACCUGAAAGCCAAGAGUCUGGCUUUGGGAGCAGAGCAUGCCAUUCUUCUCUGUGCCACAGGAGCUGUGUACACAUGGGGACUGGGCAGUCAUGGGCAGUUGGGGCACGGAGGCCUCACGUCUGAGGAGGAUCCCAAGGCAGUGGAGGCUCUCUGGGGAAUGACUAUGAGCUGUGUUGCUACAGGAGGAUGGCACUCUGUCUGCAUUAGUGAUGGUGGUGAUCUUUAUGUGUGGGGCUGGAAUGAGAGCGGUCAGCUCGGACUCCCAUCACGAGGUCUGAGGAAAGCACUGCAGCAGCAAAGUAGCCAACAAACAGAUGUCCACAUAUCUCCUGGCAAAGAGCCACAAGAGGGAGAGAAGCAUGAAGAGGUAUUCAUAUCCAUCCAGUCAUUCCCGGCUCUGCUCGACGUCACUCCCUCGUGUGAAAUCAGGACAGCAAGCUGUGGCUCCCGCCACACAGCUGCUGUGACAACCACAGGUGACCUCUACACUUGGGGCUGGGGUGAAUAUGGCCAACUUGGACACCAAACUUUAAUCAGUUCAGAUGAGCCCCAGAGGGUUGAGUUCUUCAGAGGGCAGCAGAUGCGAGUUGUUGAUGUGGUGUGUGGGACAUGGAACACAUUUGCUGCUGCCAUCAAAGAGGAAGUAGCUAGCUUUUAAAAACAAAAUGGAAUCCCCCUGAUAAGCAUGACCAGUGGACUUUGGACUACAUAACUGGAGUUGUCAAACACGAAGACAGGAAUCAUAUAUGAUUUGUAAUACAUGCCAUGUCUUUGUCUGCAUUAAAACAAUUAGGAAUCCA